UUUUCCAAUAAACUGGAGUGUUUGCUUUUCAGACAAGGUCGAAGUCAUUACUGGCAUAAAGCCUUAUUUUAGCAGCUGAACAUUUCGCAGCUUUAGCUUGACUCGAGUUUUACAUGGGGAACGAAAAGGGCUAAUGCAAUGACUUUAAGAAGUCGGAACCCCAGCUCGCCACAGACCAAAGGCCGACUCACAAACUCGGCAUUCUGGCAAAGGCUUUGCAAAUCCCCAAAAAUGGAUAACAUUGUCUUCGGAAUCUUUGUGGUGUUACUUGCUCUCGCGAUGAAGUCCUCCGCUAACGUGCCCCUGUACAUCGGCGGUUUUAUUGAUUUGAACACAACGAAUGGAGGGUGGAACAGCGGUGGAGUGUACCCGGCAAUUGAACUCGCUCUACAACACAUAAACCAGGAUCAGUCCUUACUUCAAGGAAUAAAACUAGAGCUCGUCAUCAAAGAUUCGAGGUGUUCGGAUGCUUACGCCAUUAAAACACUAGUCGAGCACAUCACCGCUGACCACACCGUCGUCAUGCUUAUAGGUCCCGGAUGUAGUAUCGCCGCGGAACCAAUUGCAAUUGCUGGAAAGUUCUGGAAUCUUGUUCAGGUAGCAUAUGCUGCCGGGACUCCCCGGCUCUCAGACAAGACCCUGUUCCCGCUGUUCUACCGAGUGAACGCCCCCGAGACUGUCGCGAAUCUCGCCAUUGUGGCAAUGCUAAAGAAGUUCAAAUGGAGCCGAGUAGCCAUCGUCAAAGAAGAUGUUGCCGUCUUCAAUGACGUGAGCGAGGGCCUCCAGUUGCUCCUAAGGCGGGAAAAUAUCUCUCUCAUCGGUGCGAACAGCUUCAUCACAAACCCCGAUAACGUCAUCACAGACCUCAAGCAAAAAGACGCUCGAAUCAUAAUCGUGCUGACGUAUGAGGGAAAAUGUCGGAAGCUCAUGUGCUCGGCUUUUAGACAUGGUUUCUAUGGCAAACAUAUUGUGUGGCUUCUGCGGGGUUGGUAUGUCGAGGAUUGGUCAAAGGUGGUAACGGAUGUCACGUGCUCACCACAGGAAGUCCAGAGUGCGCAUGGUAACUACAUUGCGUUCGAAGAAGUCAUUCUCAGUACAUCGACGGAGAAGACAAUCAACGGCUUGACUCCGGAUCAGCUAAACAAGCUAUACCUACGGCAAGCCCGCAACAUCUCAUAUCCUAUAAACUCUUACGCGGCUUACGGCUAUGAUGCGAUGUGGGUGGUAGCCCUCGCCCUCAACCGCACCAACACACUGCUCAAGGAGUCCGGACUCACUUUACACAAUUUCACCUACGACAACAAAUACAUUGCUAGUAUCAUCAACGAAUCCACGGCAAAGACUCGGUUUUUCGGCAUGUCCGGCGAAGUCGCUUUCCUGGAUAAUGGUGAUAGGAUUAGCUCUAUGUGGAUCGAGCAGUUCCAGGAUGAUGGUGAAAUCAGGGUCGGCGUGUUCGACGCCACGCAUGGCGACACAGGUGUCGACAGAAUCAAUGUCACGGGAAGCUUCUACUGGCCAGAGGGGUCGCCUCCACCGAGUGAGCCAGUCACUAUAACUGAAAUCGUCUUGAUUGAAAUGCCAUUGUUUGUUACCAUGGCAACCAUAGCAUGCGCCGGGAUCUUCCUAUCCACGUUAUUCCUCAUCUUGAACAUCAAAAACCGUCAAAGAACAUUCAUCCGCAUGUCUUCUCCUUAUCUGAAUAAUUUCAUCAUCGCUGGCUCAAUUAUGUGUUACACAUGCGUAAUACUAUUUGGGGUUGACGUGUUUCUGGAUGAAAGUGAUCACGUGAUCCAUUCUGCUAUAUGCUCGUUCCGGUUAUGGCUGCUGUCAUGUGGCUACACUCUGGCAUUCGGUACGAUGUUCAUCAAGACGUGGAGAGUGUACAAAAUAUUCACCAACCACAAACUGGACAAACAGCUCGGCCGCCUGCACGACCGCCAUCUUGUUUGUAUGCUGGCCUUGAUGCUGAGCGUGGAUCUCCUUUUCCUGUCCGUAUGGCAAGCCGUCGAUGGACUCAAAACAGAGAUACGGAAUGUCCAGACAGAGAACGGCCGUAACAAAAUCACCAUCUUGAUGCCUGUGUUCCUCGCGUGCACGUGCACGCACAAGCUGAUCUGGCUCGGAUGUUUGUACACAUACAAAGGACUUCUAAUGAUAUUUGGUCUCUUCCUCGCGUGGGAAACACGCAAUGUGUCGUACCCGGCCCUUAACGACUCGCGGUAUAUCGGUUUGUCAGUGUAUAAUGUGGUUAUUUGGGUGUCUAUUUCAGUACCUUUAGGGUAUACAGUCGUUUAUGAUAGCGUUAACGCCCAUUUCGCCCUCGUAUCGUCGGCAAUUAACAUCUGCACUACGUCAACGCUGCUGCUUGUGUUUGGUCCAAAGCUACGAAGCUUCUCGAUUUCUCCCGAGCAUCAUCCCGAGAGCACUCGAGCGUCGGCGAAGUCAAACGUCGUCAAACAACACCCAGAGUGUCCCGGAUGUAAAUGUGAAUGAUGCGCCUAGAGAGUCCCGGAUGGAAAUAUGAACGAUGUCCCGGACGAACCAUGAGUGUCCCGUGUGCAAAUGCCAAUUAUGGGUCCUGAAUGUGGCCCGCAGUAAAUCGUAUGUCCCGGUUUGAAAUACAAAUGAUGUCCCGGAUGUAAAUUAAAAUGCAUUGAACAUUGACGCUGCGGCCUAGUAUAUUUUGGCUCGUGUCACCUUGUCACCAUAGCUCGUGAAAUAGGUGUGAGAACCCGGCACUCUUGGCCCUUGUAAGCACCAUGUAAAAGAGCUGAACUUUAGAGAAGAGCCAAUUGCUAACGAAAAACUUUACGAAAUGCUCAAGAUAUACGAAGGAUAUAAGAAGGAUGUUAGCACCAUGCAAAAGUGCUGAACUUUAGAGAAGAGCCAAUUGCUAACGAAAAACUUCACGAAAUGCUCAAGAUAUACGAAGGAUAUAAGAAGGAUGUUAGCACCAUGCAAAAGUGCUGAACUUUAGAGAAGAGCCAAUUGCUAACGAAAAACUUUACGAAAUGCUCAAGAUAUACGAAGGAUAUAAGAAGGAUGUUAGCACCAUGCAAAAGUGCUGAACUUUAGAGAAGAGCCAAUUGCUAACGAAAAACUUUACGAAAUGCUCAAGAUAUACGAAGGAUAUAAGAAGGAUGUUAGCACCAUGCAAAAGAGCUGAACUUUAGAGAAGAGCCAAUUGCUAACGAAAAACUUCACGAAAUGCUCAAGAUAUACGAAGGAUAUAAGAAGGAUGUUAGCACCAUGCAAAAGUGCUGAACUUUAGAGAAGAGCCAAUUGCUAACGAAAAACUUUACGAAAUGCUCAAGAUAUACGAAGGAUAUAAGAAGGAUGUAAGCACCAUGCAAAAGAGCUGAACUUUAGAGAAGAGCCAAUAGUUAACGAAAAACUUCACGAAAUGCUCAAGAUAUACGAAGGAUAUAAGAAGGAUGUAAGCACCAUGUAAAAGAGCUGAACUUUAGAGAAGAGCCAAUUGCUAACGAAAAACUUCACGAAAUGCUCAAGAUAUACGAAGGAUAUAAGUAGACACAUCAUACAAAACUUAUUCAAAUGAGAUGUUCCUCUAAGUAGCGAAUUAAAUCCGUUUACAUCACGGAUUUUUAAGUAUCAAAUGAUAGUGGUAUAGUUGUUGAUAGGUGAUUUUUAUAUAUGAUUUUUGAUAUGUGAUAGGUGUUUUUUUUCACCAUUCCUUUUCAUCUUACCUUAUACGAUAUAUGAAGGUUUUGUAUGAAAUAAAUCUAUAAAUUCACAUA